AUGGUCGAGAAAUUAUUAGCUCUAUUGCUGCUUCUCGGAUGCUCACCCAUCAUCGGCUCGUCCCACUUGCAAUUGCAAAACAAGGCCAUCAAUAAUAGAGAAUACUGUCGAUCGACAUUGAGCACCAAGGCUGCUCUGAGCACCUACGACGCGGAUGUUGAGGCAUGCACGAAUCUCGCAGACAUCACGAUCUAUAUGACACAAUGGAACGAGGAAGACAUCAAUCGGAUAUUGUCGAAAAUCGAAUAUUUAUAUAAUGUUAAUUUGUAUAUCGAAGACACGACGGCGGUGAAGAUCGAUUUGUCGUCGCUGAAGGAGAUGAAUCUGGUGUAUUUGGUUGUCUCGCACAAUCCGACAUUGAAGGAGAUCAGUAUUCCCGAGAGCGCAUUCACAGAAAUACUCAAUUAUAAGCUUUUACUCUACGACAAUCCGGCAUUGGACGAUGAGACUCUAGCGAAAUUCAAUAAAUAUUGCGGAAAUAAUUGCGGAAACGCGAAACAGCGUGACGUCAUCGUGAGCGAACACCGCGAAACGAUGGGUCGAGUCAAUUCGAGUUGGUGUGAAUUUACGACGGCUAGCCCGGAGCUAUCGACCUACUACAAACCGGAUCCCGAGAUUAUCAAUUGUCUGCAUUUCUAUCGCGUCAAAAUCUACAUGACCGGCUGGCCUGUUGAAGACGUUGAACUGUUCACGAAGAAAUUCCUGGCGGCUAGUGUGGUGACAAUCAUCGUUGCGCAUUCGGAGAUCGAGGUGCUCGAUUUGAGCGCGCUGAAAUUCACCGAAGUGUUCGAACUAAUCCUCCUCGAUAAUCUGAAAUUAAAAGAAGUUCGAUUUUCCGACGUUGUGAUGAAUACGAGAAAGUUCCUCGAUGCUACAGCAAUCCAUUCGUUCAAUAAUCCGCAAUUGACCAAUCAAUCAUACGAGACGCUUGUAAAGGUCAACUUCACACCACCAACUGAACCGCCGACAACAAUUGCACCAACACCACCACCAACUGAACCGCCGACAACAAUUGCACCAACACCACCAUCAACUGAACCGCCGACAACAAUUGCACCAACACCAACACCAACUGAGCCGCCGAGGGCAGCGUGGAAUACGUGGCCCUAUACUCAUUAUAAGAAUGAGUGGCCCUAUCCUCAUAAUAAGAAUGAGUAUCCCUUUAAUCUACCAACACCGAGUGAAAGUGAGUAUUUCGACGUGUCACCCAAACCUGAAAACUCUACCGGGAAAAUCAUCUUCUAUGACUUUAACCAGCCGGAUCCUCCGACAACGGAGAAGCUUCCGGCGAUGUCUAAUGGCUCCACAGAGGCGGCGAUUCCGACAACGGAGGAAGUGGACUAUGACUAUGAUGCCGCUUCGAACGCGAUUCUUCAACUUCCAAUCGGAUCAGAAAGAAUGGCUCAAUCGGUUCCACCAGGAGACAUCCAGACUCAGCCAAACGCCAAGAUCGUGUUCAAUGCUCCGUACGACGACAAGCACACCUACCACAUCAAGGUGAUCAACUCGUCGGCUCGCCGCAUUGGCUACGGCAUCAAGACGACGAACAUGAAGAGACUCGGAGUCGACCCGCCAUGUGGAGUGCUCGACCCGAAGGAAGCCGUCCUUCUCGCCGUCUCCUGCGACGCGUUCGCCUACGGACAAGAGGACACCAACAAUGACCGUAUCACUGUCGAGUGGACCAACACCCCCGACGGCGCCGCGAAACAAUUCCGUCGCGAAUGGUUCCAGGGCGACGGAAUGGUCCGCAGAAAGAAUUUGCCGAUCGAGUACAACCCGUGA